AUGGGACAAAUUGAAGAAGAGCAGAGAUAUGUGUGCAGAAUCUGCAGCAAAAGCUGCGUUAGUGGGAAGUCAUUGGGAGGCCACAUGAGGGUUCAUUUAUCCCAAAUUGCAGCUUCCAAAAAAGCAGCUGCUCAAGAAAAACUAGUUGGGAACAAGAUGGAGUGCGAUGAUGAAGAUGAUGAUGAUCAUCAUCAGCUCAACCAAUCCAUCAGUGAAGAAGUGGAAGAAUUGGGAGAUGGUGGUGAUCAGAGCAACGCCAGCUACGAACUCAGGGAGAAUCCGAAGAAAUCUUGGAGGAUUUCGGAUCCCAAACACGCAAAGUCUCUGAAUUCGUGCAGAGAAUGCGGCAAGGAAUUCGCAUCGUUGAGGGCUCUCUCGGGCCACAUGAGGUGCCAUUCGAUCAAGAACAAGAAGGAGGUGCAUUCGUGCAAGGAAUGCGGUAGAGGGUUCGACUCAAUGAGGGCCAUGUUUGGUCACAUGAAGAGCCAUUCUACUAAGAGAGUGAUGAUGAAGAUGCCUAAGCCUAGUGUUGUUAAAUCUGGUGACUUCUGCCCGAUUAGGAGGAAGAGAUCCAGGAUUAGGUACAAAGGCACUGUCAAUCCUUUGUCGUGUUCGGGUGUGGAUGUGUCUCAUUGUGGAGUCUCUGAUCUUGAGGAGGCAGAGGAAGCUGCUAGGUGCUUGGUGAUGCUCUCUAGGGGUGUGGGGAGUUUCUUCAAGUUCGACUCGAAUGCAGAGGAUUCUGAUGAUGAUUCUGCCUACUUUGGAGGUGUUGUUGCCUCAUAUGUUGAGAAAAAUGUAUCUGAAUUUGAGGAUGAAGAGAUGCUUAGGGUUGAAAAGGGAAUGAAGGUUGAUCUUGUGUGUGAUGAUGAAUUCUUGGAACAUGGUAUUGGCAGCAGCAAUGGAAGUGAUGAUGAUGAUGAAUCUUGUUUUGAGAAUGAAAAUCUUGAAUUGAUUGAGGUUUUUGAGGAGAAGAAGCAUAGUGAUAGUAGAUUGUUGUUAUGUGCUGAUUCCAAGCAUGAUCGAUGUGGUGGGGAGAUGGAGUCGAGCAAAGGGAAGGAGCGCGAGUGCCCUAUAUGCUUCAAGGUUUUUGCUUCGGGUCAAGCUCUAGGUGGCCACAAGAGAGCUCAUUACAAUGGAGUCGUUGAAAGCAAGAAUCGUGAGAUGUUGGACCUCAACUUCCCGGUUCCUGCUGAUUCAGGCAGCCUCAGCUCAUGGUUCGCUGAAAGGAGCCGUGGGCAUGAGGCUAUGCUGAUCACUACUUGAAGUGGAUUCAGUGACUGUGAUUUGGUAAAUUCUUGAUUGUUAAUUCUUUUUCAGAAUUGCUCUAUGCAUCAAUGCACAUAUUCACCAAAUAGCAUCAAUAAAACAGUGUUUUUUGAUCAGUUUCUGUCAAUGUACAUUUUCAAGUAGAGUUGUGUUCUAAACCAUGUUUAAAAUUUGAAGUUGUUUAGUUGGAAGGAAACAUUCUUGAAUCUUGAUUACAUG